ACACAACCUGCUAGGCUCGAGAACAGAAACGUCAAGUUGACCGAGAAUAAUGUUCCACCAAUUAAGAACCUGGAGCGCUUACUCGACCCCAUUGACGACACCACUGCUCGCGCCUUCCCUUACCGGUUCAUGCCCAGGCCAGCCAAGCUCGGAAAGAAAUGGAUGGAGUAUCAAGGUAUUAGUAACUGGGACGGCUUGCUCGACCCCCUCGACGACAUUUUGCGUGGCGAGAUUCUACGGUACGGCCAGUUUGUCGAGGCUUCGUACAAGUCCUUCGACUUUGACCCCUCUUCACCUUCAUAUGCCACCUGCAUGUUCCCCAGAAGCUCCCUCUUAGAACGAGCCGGACUACCGGAGACCGGAUACCGUUUGACCAAAAAUCUACGUGCAACCUCGGGUAUUCAGUUACCACGUUGGAUCGAAAGGGCACCCAGCUGGGUUGCUACACAGUCCAGCUGGAUUGGCUACGUGGCAAUUUGUCAAGACCGGGACGAAAUAGCCAGGCUAGGUCGACGAGACGUGGUGAUUGCUUUCAGAGGCACCGCCACAUGCUUGGAGUGGGUAGAGAAUCUCCGCGCCACACUGACCCACCUUCCCAAUGCUGGUUCCGACAGCGACGGGACAUGCGGACCCAUGGUGGAGAGUGGGUUCCUGAGUCUCUACACCUCCGGAACCCCUGGUUCACCCAGUCUCCAACAAAUGGUACGCGAAGAAAUCUCCCGGAUCAUCCAAUCGUACGGAGACGAGCCCCUGAGCUUGACCAUCACCGGGCAUAGCCUCGGGGCGGCCAUAGCGAUCCUCACUGCGUACGACAUCAAGACAACCUUCAAACGCGCACCGCUCGUCACGGUCAUCUCCUUCGGCGGGCCCCGAGUCGGUAACCGGAUCUUCAGGAAACACCUAGAAAGGCAAGGCACCAAAAUUCUACGCAUCGUGAACUCGGACGACCUAAUAACCAAAGUACCUGGUUUCGUGAUCAAAGAUGACGAAAACAUUGACACAGACGAUUUGCCAUACAAUAACCUAGUCCAAGUGACUGCUGGGCUGCCAAGCUGGAUCCAAAAGCUCGUAGAGGACACGCAGUGGGGGUACGCCGAGGUGGGGCGGGAGCUGCGACUGAGCAGUAGGGACUCCCCUUACCUCAGCGGUUUCAACGUCGCCACUUGUCACGAGCUCAAGACGUACCUCCACCUGAUCGACGGAUUCGUGAGCUCUACCUGUCCUUUCAGGGCGUCCGCGAAAAUGAUGCUCGGAAAUUAUCGCCGUUGACGAAAAGCAAUUGCCAAGCCCUCGUGAUCAAAAUUAGCAAGCUUGGAAAAACCAAACCAAAAAAAUUACAGACAAAAACAAAACAAUCGAAAUAUAUAAUUUACAUAUAUAUAAUGUACAUAAAUUUAACAUGCGGAUUACGGACGCCACGCCCGACCAAAUAGCUGCCAUCGGGGUGAGCGUUCCGAUUCUUUAUAU